CGAUGCUAAUGAACGGAGUUGCCAGGCGAGCCAGGAACUUCACUCCCCUUCUCAGUGUCAGGAUCGCAGAAAUUAUGCCCCUUCUCUCACCAUGAGCUGGCUCUCCAGUUCCCAGGGAGUCGUGCUCACUGCCUACCACCACAGCAGCAAGGAUCGGGCCGUGGGGGAGAGCCAUGGCCAGGGAGGGGAGGAAGCCACCUCCAGUCGCAGAUAUGGCCAGUACACCAUGAACCAAGAAACCACACAAACGAAGGAGAAGCCUCCAUUUGAUCGAUCGAAUUCCCAAGAUUCUUUGGAUGAACUAUCUAUGGAGGACUAUUGGAAUGAAAUAGACAAUAUCAAGAAAUCUAGUGAGAACAGACAAGAUCAAGAGGUGGUGGUUGUCAAAGAGCCUGAUGAGGGCGAGCUGGAAGAAGAGUGGCUGAAGGAGGCUGGUUUGUCUAAUCUUUUUGGAGAGUCUGCUGGAGAUCCCCAAGAAAGCAUGGUGUUUCUAUCAACAUUAACCCGGACCCAGGCAGCAGCUGUUCAGAAACGGGUAGAGACGGUCUCCCAGACCUUAAGGAAAAAGAACAAACAGUACCACAUUCCUGACGUCAGAGACAUAUUUGCUCAACAGGCAGAGUCCAAGGAAAAAGCUCCAGAUGGCACUGAAUCACAGUCAGCCAGAACAAAUGAAAACAAAUACCAAGGAAAAGAUGACCAGGCAUCUAGCCUAGUUGUUGGUGAAAAGAAGCUGAUGCCACUGGUGCCCGAGGAGGCACCUGCCUCUGAAACAGAUAUCAACCUGGAGGUGUCAUUUGCAGAGCAAGCUGUCAAUCAGAAAGAGAGCUCCAAGGAUAGGACCCAGAAGAGCAAAUGCAACGAUGUGUCGUUACUUAGUUUCAGAUUGCCAAAAGACAAAACCGGCACCACCAAGAUUGGUGACCUUGCGCCCCAGGACAUGAAGAAGGUUUGCUAUUUAGCCCUGAUUGAACUGACUGCCCUCUAUGAUGUACUGGGUAUUGAACUGAAACAACAAAAAGCUGUGAAGAUCAAAACAAAAGAUUCUGGCCUUUUUUGUGUUCCAUUGACAGUAUUGUUAGAACAAGAUCAGAGGAAAGUACCAGGAACUCGAAUACCCUUGAUAUUUCAAAAACUGAUUUCUCGAAUUGAAGAGGGAGGUUUGGAAACCGAAGGCCUCUUAAGGAUACCUGGAGCUGCCAUUCGAAUCAAGAAUCUUUGCCAAGAACUGGAAGCAAAGUUUUAUGAAGGGACUUUUAACUGGGAAAGUGUCAAGCAGCACGAUGCAGCCAGCCUGCUGAAGCUGUUCAUCCGAGAGCUGCCCCAGCCGCUGCUCAGUGGCGAGUACCUCAAAGCCUUCCAGGCCGUCCAGAAUCUUCCAACCAAGAAGCAGCAACUACAGGCUUUGAACCUGCUGGUCCUGCUCCUGCCGGAUGUGAAUCGCGACACACUGAAGGCCCUGCUUGAAUUUCUCCAAAGAGUAAUAGACAAUAAAGAGGAAAAUAAGAUGAACGUCAAGAAUGUGGCUAUGGUCAUGGCCCCCAACCUCUUCAUGUGUCAUGCAUUGGGUUUGAAGUCCAGCGAACAGCAGGAAUUUGCAAUGGCAGCUGGGACAGCUAAUACCAUGCACUUAAUGAUUAAGUAUCAAAAACUUCUGUGGACAAUCCCCAAGUUUCUUGUCAACCAAGUGAGGAAGCAAAACACCGAAAACCUGAAGAAAGAUAGGAAAACAAUGAAGAAAUUGCUGAAGAAAAUGGCUUAUGACCGAGACAAAUAUGACAAGCAAGACAGAAGUACAAAUGAUGCUGACGUUCCUCAGGGAGUGAUUCGAGUGCAAGCUCCUCAUCUUUCCAAAGUUUCCAUGGCGAUACAGCUAACGGAAGAACUGAAAGCCAGUGACGUGCUUGCCAGGUUUCUCAGCCAAGAAAGUGGGAUUGCCCAGACACUCAAGAAAGGGGAAGUUUUUUUGUAUGAAGUUGGAGGGAAUAUUGGGGAACGCUGCCUCGAUGAUGACACUUACAUGAAGGACUUAUAUCAGCUCAACCCGAAUGCUGAAUGGGUUAUAAAGUCCAAGCCAUCGUAGAAGCCCUGCUGAGACAACCCCCGGACUUCCUCAGUGAUACUUGCUGGGUAAAGAGUGUAAAUAAAGAAACCGCAGGACUCUUGCUAUUCACAUGCACCCAACCAUUGGAUAGUGACACUCCCAAGCCUCAAGAAGUUAUAGAUUUGUGCUGCUGCCAGAAUUAUGUUAAUUAUUAUGUUGACUAUUACUAGAAAAUAAAUAUCUCUGGAGUGAGAGGAGAGAGGCUUAAUGAACUUGUAGGCUGUUUUCAUAAACUCUGUGAAAUGUGCCCAGAUGUGACAUAGUGGUUUUUUUUUUAUAUAUGAAAUAAACCCUCUUCCUGCUCACUAUUUUUUUUCUCCUAAAAUCAUGUAUACAGUAAUAUAUGCUUUCUUGCUUUUCUCUCCUCCUCACAUCUGCCUGACCCCGAUUAAGUUUGCUUUUUAAUGGAAAGGAUAACAAAUGCCAGGUAUGGCAAGUUGUGAAAUUAGGACAGCUUAAAACAGCCCGAAUUCAACAGAAUUCCUGUGACUAUCACAUGUUGAAUAUUCAUCUCUUUGAAUCAUUUGUUCAAAAGAUAACAUUCUCCUUCUCCCUGCUGUAUCAUAUGAAGUGAUUUGCAUUUUUUUCAGUUCAUCUGACAUAUGUGCACAGAGCUGUAUCCACUACCAAGAAAAUAGAACUGUCAGAAACUGCCAAUUACCCCUGAACCAUUAAAGACUUGCAUACUAAGAAUAAAUAAAAUAUGUCCAUGUGGAAUAACUGGAUUAUGGAUAAUAAGCAAGUGAAAGCCAAAUCACUUCAUGUAUGCCACCCUCUUCUAAAAGAAGUUUAAAAAGUCCUAGCCAGCUUUACCUAUUCUCAUACUAGGGAUAUAAAUAUGCAUGAGAGUCUAAUCCAGGAAUGGCUGAGAGUGUAUUCUACCCAAAGAGGGAAUUUUUUUUUUUUUUUUAACUCAUAAGUAAGUCUGCGGGAAGAGUUAUUCCUCUGGGAAUGACACAGUCCUAUGAACAAGCUUUUGUUUGUGUACUUAUUUUAAACAGAGUAAAUUUAUUAAAAUGCUGCAACAAGUACUAUUCCCAGGGAUUUUACUGCACAAACCAUAGUGCGACAAGAGAUGAGCCUCUCUGUACUGUAAAUAAGAGGAAUAAAGUGAGAGAAAAAUGUUCAAUAUUUUAUGAGUGUAGAGUGUAGUAAAUAAAAGGUGAUGUCUAUGAGUGCUGCACAAACCGUGUUUAUGAUACUUUUAGUAGUAUUUUAGGAAAAAAUGACACAUUCUCAGAAGCUCUCGAUGUCACUCUAAUUAGGAGGGAAAAUGUUGUUAAUGAGAACGGUCAUAAAUUUUUAGCAUAUAAUUACAAGAACAGCCUGUGGAUAUAUGAUCAUUUAACUUUUUGGUGAUUUGUGCCAUUGCCUUUUUAUUUAAAAUUUUUUUAUAAUUAAAUGAAUUUUUCUAAA